CGAAAGAUGGCGGCCUUGACAUCAGAGCAUUUCGUGGCGCUCCAGAGCCUGCUGAAGGCCUCCUCAAAAGAUGUCGUCAGACAGCUGUGCCAAGAAAGCUUCUCCAGUUCAGCCCUUCACUCAAAAACACUCCUGGAUAACACAUGUUCCAGCUUGUCUGUGACCCAGGAGGAGGCAGAGCAACUGCUCCAGGCUCUGCACCACUUCACUAGGCUGGUGGCCUUCCGUGACCUGUCCUCUGCUGAGGCGAUUCUGGCUCUCUUUCCGGAAAAUUUCCACCAGAACCUCAAAAACCUGCUGACAAAAAUCAUCCUGGAGCACAUAUCGACUUGGAGAACUGAAGCCCAAGCAAACCAGAUCUCUCUGCCACGCCUAGUGGACCUGGACUGGAGAGUGGAUAUCAAAACCUCGUCUGACAGCAUCAGCCGCAUGGCCGUCCCCACCUGCCUGCUCCAGAUGAAGAUCCAGGAGGACCCUAGUCUGUGUGGAGAGAAACCCUCUAUCUCGGCUGUGACCGUGGAGCUGAGCAAAGAAACGCUGGACACCAUGUUAGAUGGGCUGGGUCGCAUUCGGGACCAGCUCUCUGCUGUAGCUAAUAAGUAAGGCCAGCAGCUAUUGGCCUGGGAGGGUGUGGCUGCCGGCACAGAGGCUGACAGUGGCAGACAGUGGGGUGGAAGGGCUGCUGCUACACAGAAGGCACAGUGGAGGAAAGGAAGCGGCCAUACCCAUGCCCAUGCCCACGGCUCCUCUCUUCUCUUCCUCCUUUUGUUUUUCCUGAAGAUGAGCAAAGCCUCCAUCUCUGAGAAGGCCCUGUGUGGAGGUAAACCGCCUUCGGCCAUGCAAAGGAGCAGGUUCUUCAUCAGCCGCCUGUGCACUGCUAUAGAGAACUCAGGCCGGUGCUGGGCACUCACCUAAUGAUUUACCUCCAGCUCACAUGAGCUCGUUUCCAGCCCAGAAUACAUGAGGGAAUUGGGGAUGAUGCCAGCAGUGCCUGCUUCCCCAUCACAGACGUCAGCAGACACAUAACGAUCCCCUAAGACCCCUCUCUGAGCUUGCAGCCCUGCUGGGCCACAGCUCCAAUGCAGAAAGCUGGAACACACCACUGGCCACUAUUCCUGCGCUAGGAAGUAAGAAGAGUUGGAAAUAAAUAACAGUGAUGAUUC